ACAUACAUGAAAUUAAUAUCUGAUAAUUUUGUGAUAGGGAGCCUGAGGUGCUGGGAGGAGCCGAAAAGACCUUCUUGAGGAAGAUGUUACCUGUACUGUUUCAUGAAGAAAAUUGGGGAUUUCGAGAGUCAGGGGCACACCCCUCAGGAAGGCGUGGAGAAGGCCCGGACCUGGGAGGCGUAGCCCCAGCAGCCAAGAGUGAUUCCAGCACACUGGGAUUAGCUCACUCUAGCAGUGGAUGAGCACCUGGGAGUGGCUUGUGACAGAAGAAACCUCCCAACAGACUGAAUGGAAGGAGCCCAUAAUGGGAGAGCUUGGGCUGCAACUACUGCCAGUUGCCUGCUAUUAGACCCUGGAGAAAUGCACCAGAAGCUGAGAUAUCCCAAAUGGGUCUAUCCUUCUUUCCUUUUGGUGAUGCUGGGACACAGCUAUUCCUCCUCCAGGCAUAUAACAGUGGAUCCUCCUCAUAAUCUGAAGAUUGUGGAUCCUGGCUUUUUAGGUCACCUGAAUUUGCAAUGGCAACCCCCUCUAACGUUGGGCACGUUAAAGCACUGUACAGUACAAUACGAAUUAAGAUAUCGGAACGUUGAUAGUGAAGACUGGGAGACCAUCAUUACUAAGAAGCUAAAUUAUGAAGAUGGCUUUGACCUCAACCAGGGAGUUGAAGCAAAAAUCCAAACGCUCCUGACGGGCCAUUGUACAAAUGGAUCAGAUGUUCACAGCAAAUGGAUACAGACUUCUUUCUGGAUUCCCUUGCAAGGAGAGCCAGAGACCAAAAUCCAGGAAAUGCAGUGUAUCAAUUAUAACUGGAAAUCUCUACACUGCACUUGGAAACCAGGAGAAAAAAUUCCCAGAGGGGCGAAUUACAACUUGUAUUAUUGGUAUAAGGGCCUAGAUCAUGCUGUCCAGUGUGCUGACUAUAUAGAAUCUAAUGGAAGACAUGUUGGAUGCCAGUUUCCAAGCAUGGAGCUUGCAGAGUAUCAAGAUUUCAACAUCUGUGUUAAUGGCUCUUCGUUAGCCCUUCCUCUGAGGGCCAGCUACUUUUCUUUUCAACUUCAAAAUAUAGUGAAACCUUCUCCCCCUGAACAGCUAAAUCUGACUCAGAGGAACCCUGAAGAGCUUCACCUGGAGUGGAAGCCACCCGAGGGACCCGUCCCCUCUCAUUGCCUGACAUAUGAAGUUCAGUUCCAAGAAGAUGAUGCUUCCUGGGUGUCCAGAUCGACAGAAAAAGAAAUGAUCACCCUGCAAAAAUCAAAUGGAAGUAGAAGAUUCUGCAUCUGGGUCAGAGACAAAGUGAAUAUUUACUGUGCCAAUGAAGGGUUUUGGAGUGAAUGGAGCUCCCAGCAGUGCUUAGAAGAGCAACGAGACGAUGAUAGCUGGCUUCUCUUUAUCAUCAUCCCCGUCACUUUAAUCAUGCUCAAUGCCAUUGUGGUAGCUUCAUUGUUGGUGCAGAAACAAAGAACCUGUUUGAAGCAGGUUCUUGGCAAAAAGGAAGUCCAUUUCUACCACGAGGCAAUGUAUUGAUAGCCCACUUCCCAGUCCCACAUCCAGCUGGCUGUUCCUUUCCCAGCAGGAAGACAGAUUCAACCUUAUUUGUUGAACACCCGGAGGAAUCUUCUGGCAUCCGAUUUCUCUUAGGAUCAUCUCUGAGAGCAGCAAUGACAUAUUUCAAAUGACUUUACAACAUGAACACAUAUGUAAAUAUACAUAUAUAUGAUAUUGAGCAUGUGUGUACACAUACAUACUCUCUAUAUGUAUAUGUAUGUAUUUAUAGAAAUAAUUUUUUUGGAGGGGGUUGUUUAUAGAAGAAAAAAAAUCACUUUGUGUUGUAAGCUUUCUAGUUCCCAAUAAUAGGUCCGCUUCUUGUGAAUUUUUAAUGUUGCACAAUGGAAAA